CUGAGUGCUCAGAAAGGCGAACAGACACUUUUCGAUCCCUCCAUCGAACCACUGCUCAAGGAGAAUCCCCGUCGUUUCGUCAUCAUUUUCCCCAUCCAGUAUCAUGGCAUUUGGCAGAUGUACAAGUAGGCAGAGGCAUCUCUCUGGACAAUAGAGGAAGUCGAUCUCUCUAAAGAUCUAGCCGAUUGGGAAAAGCUCAAGUCAGGCGAGAAGCACUUCAUCUCACAUGUAUUGGCCUUCUUUGUCGCUUCCGAUGGCAGCAUGAACGAGAACCUCGUGGAACGUUUCAGCCAGGAGCUCCAGGUCACCGAGGCACGUUGCUUCUAUGGAUUUCAAAUUGCAAUGGAAAACGUCCACAGUGAAAUGUACUCGCUGCUUAUCGAUACUUAUAUUCGUGAUUGCAAACAAAGGGAGUACUUGUUCAAUGCCAUCGAUAAUCUGCCCUGUGUGAAGAAGAAAGCUGAAUAGACAUUGAACUGGAAUUCAAGCAAAAAGGCCAACUUCGGAGAACGCGUCGUAGCCUUCGCCGUUGUGGAAGAAAUUUUCUUCAGUGGAAGUUUCGCAUCCAUCUUUUGGUUGAAGAAGCGUAUACUGACUUCUGGGCUAACAUUCUCCUACGAAUUGAUCUCACGUGACGAAGGCCUGCACAUUAGCCUGGGACACGUCCUGAUCAAACAGGAAUUCCUGACGAAAACCCUUCCGGUUGACCUGCUUGGCAUGAAUUGUGACCUUUUGUCGCAGUAUAUUGAAUUCGUGGCUGAUGGACUGCUGCUCGAGUUGGUCAUCGAUAAGAUUUACAAUACGAAGAAUCCCUUUAGUUUUAUGGAGUUCAUUUCGCUUGAAGGUAAAACUAACUUCUUUGAGAAGAAAGUAGGAGAGUAUCAGAAGUGGGGUGUUAUGGCCAACCGACUUGACAAUGUGUUCACACUGGACGCCGACUUCUAG